AUGGAUGUGGCAGUUAGGGAGAUAGUUACACCCCCUGAGGGGCUCUCUUUCUUCCAGAAAGGUGAUUCAGGAUCCGCUGACGCUUCCCUGGCUGGGUCCAGUGACUGUGGGAGCAGCUUCUCCAUGGCACCCAGUUCUGAAUCAUCCUCUGAAAGUGGCUUUUCAGGAAAUGGAUCAGAGGGAAAUGAUAACAGUGACAGAGUUACCAAUGCUCUUUCAUCUUCUGAGAGUAGUCUCGAAAUAAUUUUGGAGGACGUGAUAAUGUUUCUCAAGGAUUUUGAAGAAAUAGAAGCAAUUGGCUUCGGUGCAUAUGGCAGUGUUUUCAAAGCAAAACACAGACUUGAUGGGACGACUUACGUUAUUAAAUGUGUUAAAUACAAUAACGAGAAGGUAAAGCGUGAAGUAAAAGUUUUGGCAAUGCUUAGUCAUCCAAAUAUUGUUCGCUACUAUAAUAGUUGGGUUGGAGAAGAUUACAACAAAAGAUCAUUGCCGAAGUACCUUUUCAUCCAAAUGGAAUUCUGUGAGAAAGGGACAUUGGAAGACUGGAUUGAGAUCAGAAGAGGGGAGAUUCCAAACAAAGAUUUGUCUUUGGGAUUAUUUAAGCAAAUAGUAACAGGAGUGGAUUAUAUACAUUCAAAAGGGUUAAUUCAUAGAGACCUUAAGCCAAGUAACAUAUUUUUAGUAGAUACAAAACAAAUAAAGAUUGGAGACUUUGGACUUGUAACCUUCCAGAAACAUGAUAAACAGCGGACGGAAGACCAGGGAACUCGACUCUACAUGAGCCCAGAACAGGUUUGGUCCCUUUCCUUU